AUGGUGCGAGUUCUGGAGGCUGUCCAUUUUCCAAUGAACAAGACUCGCAAGAACGUUCUACCGGAUGGAGUGGAAGCGGUGCAUGGCAUGGUUCUUGGACUGUAUGCAUUCGCUUAUAACAUCGGCUACAGCGAUGCAUCCAAGAAGAACCCCAACUUGGUGCGUCUCCUGUCAGCCUUCUGUCGAGCUGCUCACCCUGACUUCGAGUUCACAUCCAUUCAGGUGAACAAGAACUACGCCGCCAGGCCGCAUGUCGAUAAGAACAAUCUCGGCAACAGCUUCAUAAUUGGGUUGGGCAACUACAAGGGUGGGGAGCUUUGGGCUCACGAUGAUGAGGGCGACGUCCCAGUUGAUCUCACUGAGAGCAUUCGGAGCAUGCUUCACUACCGAGCAGGGGUGACCUACAGGGGCCGCACAUUCGACAUCAAUUGUCGGUGGCAAAGCUUCGAUGGAAACCGCUUACAUUUCGCAAGGCCAUUUGAGGGAACCCGGUACAGCUUGGUCUUUUACACAUGUGAUCGUUUCCAGCAAGCUUCCGAAGGUGUUCGGCGUGCCAUGUGCAGCGCCGGCUUCACUUUCAAGUGGUCGAGCAUGAGACUUCAGGAUGCUCUCAGUGCAAAGAACGAAGAGCGAAAGCGAUGCCGGGAUGAGUUUGAGACCGAGCAGAAGGCUUUAUUCCGCGAGGAGCGGCGCCGAGAGAAGGAAGAAUUGGGCCCAUGCAUGGCCCGUACCUGGAACAAGGGCUGGGGCGGCGACUGCACCAACCCUAAGCACGCUGACGGUGGCGACUUUUGUCAGCAACAUCUCAAGGUUUGGAGGACGCACGGCCGUGUGGACGGACCGGUCCCGGAAAAGAAGCGGGCCGAGAUGCUGAAAUGGCAAAAAAUCCACGUCGGCAAGGGCAUGCAAGCGCUGCUUCUGCGGGAACUGUCAGAGUUGAGCCCUUCGCAGGCGAUCGGUGUACUGCAUUCGCUGGUUCGUUGGGAGCUCGUCAACAGUGAGCGUCAUCAAGGCAACGCAGCUGCAGACUUGUGCUGGUCGCUUGCACGUGAACUCAAAGGGAAGCUGCGAAAUGCUGGGCGGGAGAAUCCCGAGGACUUGGCGCUGCUGGCAAUGGCUCUGUCUAGUGGCAAAAUCCAUCAUGAAGAGCUUUGGCUGGAGCUGACCACUAACCUCGAGAUGGAAAUGCACCGAAUGUCUGGGUCUGCGGCCUCGCAAGCUGCAUACGCGGCCUCCAAGAGCGGGCACCGCGGCAUCAAGCUUUAUGAGAAUGCUGGUCGGCUACUCGGGGAAGAAGCUUCAAAGCUGUCAGCAAUGGACUGCGCCUAUGCAGCAGGUGCGUUCUUGCGAGGUCCCGGUUCCUUGGCCGAGCAGGUGGUGCUCCGAGGAGCCGUUGGCGCUCGCAUCCUGGAGCUGGGCCUGCCCAGCUUCGACGCGCAGGCCUUGGCCAUGGUGUUGGAUGCCCUCAGCCGCGCUGCCCCCAGCACCUGGGGCGUAGAAACUCUGGCCAGCUCGGUGCUGGAGGAAGUCCAUGGGCGAGCUGACGAGCUGUCUCUUGACGAGCUUGCCCUUGUUGUGAGGAGCUUGGGCUACCUGCAACCUCAGACUCCACAGGUACUCCACAACGUGCUGGACCAUGCUCUUCGCGCAGCCAAGGAUCAAGGAGGCUCGGCACGAACGUUGGCCAUGUUGUGUCAGGGUAUAGCCAUGCAGCCUUCCUCGCUGCUUUUGGAUGCCUCCGAGCGCUUGGAGGCAUUGCUCCCAGAGGUACAAAAGGCACUCCAGGAAAAGCCCACUGCAGAGUCUGCUGCCCAGAUCCUUUGGAGCCUCUCUCGGUGCACAUCCUCUUCGAGAAAGGGGGUGUUUGCUGCCUGCGAUGAGGUGUUGGUCGCAAGGGCUGCAGAGUUGCCAGCAAGUCUUCUGGUUCGUUUGGCUGAAGCCCUGGCAGCAGCAAGCAGGACUGGUGUGACUCCCUCGAAGGCGCUCAUCAACAAGGUGAGCCAUCACCUGGACAUGAAGCGGUAUGACCUGCCACCAGGCAAGCUCUGGCGAGCUGCGCGGGCUUUCGAAGUCCUCGGAGUGCCCCAGAACAUCUCGUUGGAAGAACGAGACCAACCAGCAUCAGCAAAGCCCCCGAGGCGCCAGGGCUCCCAGAAGCUGGAGCCGGCUUAG